GUAUAGGUGACUGUGUUAUUGUGAGAAUGAUGUUACCAGAUGAAGAAAAUUCAGAUGUCAUUAGUAAAUAUAUAUCGUUUGAUGAUAAUGAGGAAGAGGACAUCGAAGAACACUUUCCUCGAAGAUUUGAGUUUUUAAAAGCCGUGGGAGUUUUCAUUGGUCACAGAGAAGAGGAUGGUAAAUAUACCUUUGAUACAAAAAGGCUUCUCUUAGCAUACAUUACUUGGUACUUCAUUCCAAUGUUGACUUUUGUCUUGGCAGAAUUAUGGUAUAUAUUUGAGGAUCAUCAAAACACAGUUCUCUUUGAGCUCUUCCAGUCGCCAGUGUUUGUAGGUGUCUGUGUUGUACUGCCACUGAUAAAAACCCAUUCUCUGAAGAGCAUCACAGAAACAUUACAGAGGAAUAUGGAAGUGUUGCCCAAGCUUCCUAAAGAGCAAUGCAAACACACAGAAGGAAAGGGUAAAUCUGAAGCUAACACCAAAAAUGAAGCAGCAAGUGUAGUCAUUGGGACAGGAAUAUUUUCCAUGACUGUAUUUCUGUUUUAUUCAGUAUACGAACUGAUAGCAUACUCGGAGGAAACAUUUACCAGACUAAUUGAUGAACUUCCACCUUUGCUGGUUGAUGUGAUUUACCAGAUUCUGCCACUUAUGACAACCUUGUUGAUUAUAACAUUCCUGGCCUAUUAUUCAAAGCUUUAUGAACAUCUACACUUUAAGAUGGAAGACCUGUGUGAUCACUGGUCUGACGAGGCUGCAAAAGAACUACUGAAAAAGGUAGAAGAUACUCAGCACACUUUCAGGUCGCUGAUGACUGGUUUCCUGCAGUAUGCCCUUACUACCAAUGUCACCAUCAUUUCGCUCUUGGCUAUAUUCACCACCUACCGGCUAUCUCAAGGGGCGCAUGAGAUCAUCUACCUGCUUCCAGGGGGAGUAAGCACUGUUAUGGUUCUCCUGAUAGCCUACCAUGUCCACACACUUCGUCGAAAGGGCGAAAGCCUGAGCCGCCUCGCCCGAGCUAAGGCGCGAGAAGCCCGCGGCGGCGAACCAGGCAGAUACGAGGCCCUGCGAACCCUCCAGGCGGUGCUGCAGGAGGCCCCCCCCGAGGCAAGGAUCUACGGCAACCUCCCCGUCGGCUACGGCCUCAUCCCUCUCUUGGCCGUGAUCGUCUUGGCUUACACGGGCCUCCUUUCGUCAGCGGAUUCGGACGUGUUGUUGACACUGGAGGGGGCGGAGGCGCCGGUUAACAUGUCGCUCGCCCGGGGGAAGGUCAGGCAGACAUGCAGGUGCUCCUGAGAGGCUACUCGAGAAUCACCGUGUCACCAAAAACGUGUUAAGGAAACGCAGGGUCCAGGCGACUGCCAUGAGAUGCAGAAGAAGC